CAUCCUUUGCUCCCCACAGCCUUAGAGGAGUACGAUGGCCUGCAGAGAAAGCAUGAGACAGCAGCCAAGGAAUGCAAGAGGCUGGAGAAGGAGAGAGAUGAGGCCAUGAAGAAGCUUGAUGAGUUCCAGCAAGUCUCUCAGAUGGUCAUUGAGGAGGUCAGUGCUAUUCAGGAGGACCUGCAGAUCGAGAGGAUGUGUAGAGAAAGUGCCGAAUCCCUGGCCUCCAAGUUGAACCGGGAGAACCGCUCUCUGAAGAGGAAGAGCAUGAUGUUGCUGUCCCACCUCAGCCCAGAGACCAUCACAGAGAUCAACCUUGACGAUGAAGAGGAGGAGAGUGAGGACCUUCAUGCAGCUGUCAAAAUCUGCACCUCGCCCGAGUGCCACACCACCAUUUCAGAGCUUCAAAAUAAGUUGGACUUGGCACUAAAGGAGAAAAGUCAAGCAAUCACUGAUUAUGAGGCAGUAAGAGAACAACUGAGGCAAACCAGGGAGGAAUUGCUGAAAGAAAAGCACGACAACACUGUUUUAAUUGCUGAGACAGUGCAGCAAAAGAAGCUCCUGGGGAGAUAUAACAGAGUGUCCCAGUUUGCUGUGGAAGAAUACGAGGCUUUACAGGACACCUUGAACCUGGAGCGAGACCUGAGGACAGAGGCGGAGAACUUUGCCAGAACAAUGGUGGUCCAGCAAAAGAAGCUGAAGAGACAGAGUCAGAUCCUUGUGCAGAGCUCGGCGCCCAGUGAAGCUCUACAGGACGCCCUCAGCCAGGUCGCCACACUGACCGAGGAUCUGGAGACACAGAGGUUGGAGCACCAGAACCAGAUAAAACUGAUGGAGGACAGGUUAAGCAGCUGUGAGGCUCAGAGGGAGAUCGCGGCACUGAAGCGCAAACUGGAGCUCUUGGAGGAGGAGAGGAAGGAGUGCAGCAACAAAUGUUCCAAGGCCGAAGUCGAGGUCAAAGAUCUGCGGUUUACAGUUGAGGAGCUUCAGAAGAAGCUGCAGGCAGCUACCAACCCACCCCCAGCUCCAGCACCUCCACCGCCACCACCACCACCACCACCUCCACCUCCAGCCCAAGCCACUUCUUCCAACCCACUCAGCUCACUGUUGUCACUGAUUCGGAAGAGAAGAGACAUCAGUGCUGACAUCCCAUUGGUCAACCAGGAGUCUGCUGAAACACCAGAAGUGGAUGUCAGGCAGCAGGCAGUGGAGGAAAUGAUGCAAAGGAUCAAGAAAGGCGUCCAGCUCCGACCUGUGGGCCAGUCACGUCAAAGGACUCGGAGACAGAUGGAGAGGCUGCCCUCUAAUUCUGCCAUUCAGGAACUUAAAGGAAUCAUGGAGAAUUUCAAUAGAACCCCCCCCAAACCAAAGGCAGCUUCUCCAUCAGCAACCCGCGACGAGGAGCUGCAAAGGAUCCUGCUGCAACGGCGGGGUGCACUGGAGUCCCAGCACAAUACUGGUGUCCGUCCCCUCCUCUCCCCUGCAGUGAGCGGGCCACCAGACGGAGCUCAGCCCUCACAAGUGUCCACGCACAGGCUGGAUGUGACUGAAAAUUAAUAUCGAGCUUUUCAAUCUAUUGUAUGUUUACACAGUUAAUUUAAAAGAACCAUUUCACU